AUGAGGCGCGGGACUCGGCGGGCUCCUUCCCGGAAACGGAAGCUCGAGGGGCGGGCCAAAAGGGAUCGGGAGCCCGUGGCGGUUAAUUUUUUUUACUGUUCGACUUCAGUUUCCUCUGUCUGUGUUCCUCUGAGGCUUCGCGAGAUGGUUAGGUCCGGACCUCGGCCGGGCCAGGUAUUAUCUUCAGGAAGACACACUGGACCUGCUAAAUUAACAAAUGGGAAGAAAGGGACCCAUUUAAGGAAAGUGUCACGUUUUAAUGCAGAUUCUGGCUGUCCCAACCACUCUGAUUUGGAAAAUCAGAUUGAAACUGUGCAGGGGCUUGAUGGUUGCGCUUCUUUGCUGCAGGAUAUUUUGAGAAAUGAAGACUCAGUAUCUUCAGAUAAUAAGAAAAAGACACCUAAUGAAGCUACUGCUAGAAAUGAAAGAGACUCAUCAGACAUAGCACAGAAUCAGUCAUUGCAAGAUCAUUAUAGAAUGUACUCACCCAUGAUAUACCAAGCCCUCUGUGAGCAUGUGCAGACUCAGAUGUCACUGAUGAAUGACUUGGCUUCAAAGAACAGCCAUAAUGGAAUUCCUGUUAUACCUACCCUCACAGUUUCUGGUUCUGAAUCUCAGGCAACUCCACUUUCCAGUUAUGGCUUAUCUACCUCCACCCCAGUCUUGUCACCUCAGCAGCCAGCCUGCCCACCAGUGGUUCAUUCUGAAGCUCAGACUGAGAGUGAUAACCAGUUUGAAUCAGAAGGUAAAACAGUUUCUGUGAAUUCUACUGAUGGUCCAAAGGAUUCCUUCAACAGCAGUCCUGGAGUUCCUUGCAGCCUACUCAGAACUGAUGAAUCAGCUGUUCCAACGUGUCAGCAUCUAGGUCUUGCUAAUGGAAUUCGGCCACUACAAGCAGUUCCUAAGGAAGCAGACCUACUAAAGUGUUUUCAAACAUAUAUGACUUUGUUGCAUUCUCAUGGAAAAGAUACUAAUCUGGACAAUCAGACACACCAAAGCCCCACUCGAUCACUGCAGGCUUUCUUGGCCACUAAUGAAGAAAAAUGUGCCAGGGAACACAGCGGAGAAGCCACAAGUGAAGGAAAGGAUUUAAACGUAUGGAUGCGAGAGGCAAGGACAGUUAAGGAUUCACACAAGGCAAAAAAUGUGAAUCAGACUACUGAAAAAAUUAGAACUCUAAAGUAUUUGUUGGGAGAGCUCAAAGCCUUGGUAGCAGAACAAGGGGAUUCAGAAAUUCAGAGGUUGGUUACAGAAGUAGAGGCAUGCGUAUCACUGCUUCCAACAAGUGGAGACAAAAAUAUCCAAGUUGAAAUAGCACUAGCCAUGCAACCACUAAGAAGUGAAAAUGCUCAGUUACGCAGGCAAGUAAGAAUUUUGAACCAGCAAGUUAGAGAACGAGAAAAAACCCAAAAGAUGUCUGGUUCUCCGGAAUGCAACCUCCUUAAACUGUUUUCUCUUCAGUCAUUGAACACAUCACUGCAAAAUCAAUUGCAGGAGUCACUGAAGAGUCAGGAGUUAUUACAGAGUAAAAAUGAAGAGCUGUUAAAAGUGAUUGAAAAUCAGAAAGACGAAAACAAAAAAUUUGCUGGUAUAUUCAAAGAGAAAGAUCAAACUAUACUUGAACACAAACAGCAAUUUGACAUUGAGACAACAAGGAUGAAAAUUGAACUGGAGGACGCUUUAGUCAAUGUGAAAAGCUCCCAGUUUAAAUUAGAAGCUGCUGAAAAGGAAAAUAAGAUCUUGGGAAUAACCUUACGUCAGCGUGAUGCUGAGGUGUCUCGACUGAGAGAAUUAACCAGAACUUUACAGAACAGCAUGGCAAAGCUACUCUCAGAUCUUAGUAUGGACAGUGCUCGCUGCAAGCCUGGGAACAACAGCCUUACGAAAUCACUUUUGAACAUUUAUGAGAAACAACUUCAACAUGACCCAAUCCCUGCUCACACUUCCAUAAUGAGCUACUUAAAUAAGUUAGAAAUAAAUCAAAAUUGUACACAUUCAGAGCCCCUUUCUGCAAUUAAGAAUGAGAACAUGGUGCCAGAUAGACCCUAUGAAGAUGCUGUGCCCUCCAAAGUCUCUCAACAUAACAACGCUAAGAGUACAGAGGAAGUAUCAACCCCUGGAAUUAUUUCUACCAUUUUAAAAGAGGAUUCUGAUGUGGAGAGUGAGACCAAGACUUUAAUAGAGGAUGGGUGUGAUUUGGAUGAUACAAUUUACAUUCCUUUUAUCAGAAGCACUCCUAAAAAGAAAUUCCCACUAUCUAAGGGAAUAUCCCCACAGCCACAGAUAAAUGUAACUACACCACAGCUAGUCAGCAGCAAUGGACUUCUCUCUGGAAAGGAAAAUAAACUAUGUGCACCCACAAUUUCUUCCUCUUCAAGAAAGGAAGCAGAUGAUGCACCUGAAAAAUUGUCCACAACAGCUGAUAUGGAAGACAGGGAGCUCCUCCAGAAAAUAAAGGAAGCAAUCCAGAAGGUCCCCACUACUGUUGAGGAGUCCCAGGAGCUGACAGCAGCAGGCCAUGACCCCUCAGCUUGUCAGAGUAAUAACCUGGAUGGUAGUUUUCUAAAUUCUGACUUGAUGUCCGAUUGGAGCAUCUCUUCUUUUUCAACAUUUACUUCCCGUGAUGAACAAGACUUCAGAAAUGGCCUUGCAGCUUUGGAUGCCAACAUAGCUAGACUCCAGAAAUCCUUAAGGACUGAUCUCUUAGAGAAAUGA